GCGAAAUUGAUUUUGGUAACUUUUCUUACUUUAGAUUCCACAAGAUAGUAUUUAUUUGCUAAACAGGAGCAACGUAGCCGUGUUUCCGGACGAAAGCGGUCAGUUUCCAGCCGACCACUUGGGUCCACCAAAUGGGACAUUUACCGUGCAAGGCGGACCUCAAGUGGACGAAAAUACGCAAUCACACGCCUUCUCCUUCUCAGCAAACAACAGCACACCGCGGGCAUCACCUUCAACACAUGGAUUCAUGUUCAGGAGCUCAUCUGCAGCCCGUGGUCAGCGUAGCAAUUUUACAAGAAAAAUAUUCCGCGGCAUUAUACAAGGAAAAACAUUAAGUCCUAGUGGCAGUUACCACAUAAGUUUAAAUUGCGAAACGUGCAAUACGGCAGAUGUUGUAAGGAUCACAAAGGAGGUGGCUAAUAUCGAUGCCGAGCUGGUCUUAACAGACAGUAGUGGGUUUGAAAUUGUCGACAGCGUGGCUACAAGAGGAAUCGAGUACUGGAAAACUCCGGCCAGAAAAUUUUUUGUGGUCACUAGAGAUGAGUACAGGGCCCUUAUGGUUGCAAGAAACCCUACUAGGAAAAGACAAGCUGAAGACGACCUCCUAUCCGAAGUUGAUGAUAAACUUUCUAGAAUAAUCGCCAACGCUAAAAGAUUAUGGGUUCCAGACAUCAGCUCUGUUAGAACAAUACAAGAAACGUUUUCAUGUGCAAUAUGCAAAUGUGCCAUGCAGCAACCUGUGUACUCAAGCUGCUGUCAGUCAAUUUUGGGGUGUGGUGACUGCUUAGAGAGAGUUCAAGAACAAUGCCCUAAGUGUAGGAGCACUGAAGUAGACUACACACCAGUAAGGGGUCUGGAUGCAGUUAUUUCUUCCCUUCAGCCCUUAAUGAACAUGCCAGUAUCAUCUCAAGAUGAAUCCUCUUAG